ACGCUCCGACCCCUCAUCUCAAAUGCCUCGUCUGGAACGGCGAAGAAACACACCCACAACAAGUUAACAAAACAAUACUGGGUGAAUUGCAACAAUACUAAUAUGUUCUGGAGAAACAAUGAUUGACUAUACGUUUUUUCUUCCAAGCUGUCGCCCUUUUGCGGUUGGGAAGUUCUGAAAAAGCGCAAAAGGACCUGGAACUUUAGAAGAUCUCCAGUUGCUUUCCAGUCUACUGAUCAAGCCGGGGGUCCGGUCGAGCUUUAAAGUCUAUGCAAUACAUUUUAGACUUCUCUCGACUCGGGGAUUUGUGCGCUCGGAAAGCUUGAUUUCUACAUAAUUGUCCUAGGUUAUGUUUUUGUCGUGGUGGGCACCUUCAUGCGAUAAGGAUAUGGUAUUUCUUUAACAUUAUCCUGGUUUUGUUUUUGACAAUGGAAAGCAAAUGAAAGGGGCAUUUCACGGGAUUAAUUGACAGCACAACGACAGUAUGCGGGAGAGAGACCUACGGAGAGUGUGCAAAAGGGGGCUGCUGCUGGCCGUCUGUGUGGUGUCUCUCUGGGGACAGCUGACCCUUGCAUCGUCACACAGAAGUCACAUAGUGCAUGUCAAAGCAGGGACCUGUGAAGUGAUCGCCGCCCACCGCUGCUGCAACAAGAACAAGAUUGAGGAGAGAUCCCAGACGGUCAAAUGUUCCUGCUUCCCCGGACAGGUUGCCGGGACAACAAGAGCGGCUCCAUCUUGUGUGGACGCAUCCAUAGUUGCACAGAAGUGGUGGUGCCAGAUGCAUCCAUGUAUGGAUGGGGAGGAGUGUAAAGUGUUGCCUGACCUGAAAGGCUGGAGCUGCAGUACAGGAAACAAAGUAAAGACGACGAAGGUGGGUGCAUAAUGUCACACGAUAGUGCUGUCUGUCCUGGAUCUGAAGACUUGGCAUCAGUCAUCUCUUCCUUGACAGAAACCACAGGGACUUCUUGGAUGUGAAGACUAUGUAUUGAAGGAUUGUGGGAUGGAACCAGGGACCAAUAAGGGAAAAAAAGGAAACACUGAAAUUCCACUGUAUGGAUGCAGAGCAGAGACUUGACUUGGAGAUCCCAUAGAACCACCUAUCCAGACUAAUGGACUACUGAUUAGAUCCCAUAGAACCACCUAUCCAGACACUGGACUACUGAUUAGAUCACAUAGAACCACCUAUCCAGACUAAUGGACGACUGAUUAGAUCCCAUAGAACCACCUAUCCAGACACUGGACUACUGAUUAGAUCCCAUAGAACCACCUAUCCAGACUACUGGACUACUGAUUAGAUCCCAUAGAACCACCUAUCCAGACUACUGGACGACUGAUUAGAUCCCAUAGAACCACCUAUCCAGACUACUGGACUACUCAUCAGAUCCCAUAGAACCACCUAUCCAGACAACUGGAAUACUGGAUAGAUCCCAUAGAACCAGCUAUACAGACUACUGGACUACUGAUUAGAUCCCAUAGAACCACCUUAUCCAGACUACUGGACUACUGGAUAGAUCCCAUAGAACCAGCUAUACAGACUACUGGACUACUGAUUAGAUCCCAUAGAACCACCUUAUCCAGACUACUGGACUACUGAUUAGAUCCAAUUCCUAGCCAUUAUUGUUUGUGUUUUUUCCUCCAAUGAACUGCUACAGUAGGAGAUCCAAACCUGCAAGGUAUUUAUUCAGUAAAAACAAAAACUGUGGAUUAUGCAAGCAAGAUAAACCUUAAUGCGAAACAUGUGACGUGACAUUUUCAAAUAUUUUUCCUCUUUUUGCCACAGAGAAGCUCAAUGACUCCAAAACAAAGUGUCUGUGUUCGAAAUUUAGAUCAUAAGCAUAUCCAUUUAUUUUUAACCGUAUGAAGCAGACAUCUCUUCUUUUUAAGAUUUUUGAUUUUUUUUAAAGCAUUAAGUGUUUGGUUUUAGUAAUUCUGUUGGACUGUCAGGUCUGCUUUUGAAGACUUGAGACAUCAAAGAAGAUGCCACAGUGAAAAAUAGUACUAACUACUAUGUUGCAGUGCUUGAAUUAAAGGCACCAUGGUUUCAACAAACCAAUUAAAAUGACAUUAAGCUGAACUCCAACUGUUUUAAUAUCUGUUUUUAAUAGCCUGGUGACCAACAUUGAGUAAAAGUGUCAGUAUUAUCUCAAUAAACCUAUGUCAAAAGGAUGUCACUGAA